CAACCGAGAUAAGGUUAAUUGGGUCACGUCUGGUAGGAGGCGGGCUCGUUUAGAUGUGAGGAAAUUGAGGUUGAAUCUGUGCUGUCAUCCCGUAGUCGGGCGUGUGGCAGAGUGGGGUGAAGCAGCACUCGGCUCGCCCAGCGACAUGUCGCCCUGCCGCUGGUUAAGGAGUGCGGGCUGGGCCGGUCUUCUGUGUCUAGAGCUUGUCCUGUGCCAGUCCAUACCAGGUCAAACAGAAUUUAAACUUGGAAGAUUUCAGAAAAUACCUUUAAUAGAGAACACCUCAUUUGAAGCCUCUUUGUGGAACAUUCCUAACAACGUAACAUUCGUCAACAUCCAAGUGCACACCCAGUACGUUAAUACAACUCUAUCGCUCGAGAGCUCUGGAAGAGGCCCGUUGCUGCUGGGUGCUGACCUCGGCUUGCUGCUGAACCUAAAGCCAAGGGAGACAGCGUUCAAGUGGCAACUCUACACGCGGGCUCAAAAUGCUUCUGCAGUGUCAGUCCUCCUCCCAUACAGCGCACAAGAUCCAGUCCCAGGUGGAUGCAGUUCGGGGUCGAACGUGGUCAUUGAUCCCAAUCUCUACUUGGAAUACGACUUCUAUGAAGCCAGAAUUAGAUUUUCUCCAGCCAACGUUGGCUAUGCAAGGGGAGCACCUCCGCCUGUGUGUGUGAGCACUGGGAGACUCCAAUACGAUGUCUAUCAGUAUUUCCUUCCAGAGGGUGACCUGUCGGAGGAGACCCUCUUCACCUCUCUCCAGAAGAUGGCUGAAGUUCAGAAGGUGGAAGAAAAUGGAGUCAAGUUGUUCAGCCUGGGUACACAAGACAAGACCGCAUUCACCGUCUCCUCUAUACGAGGCCAAGGGGUGAUUUAUAACGUUGUUGUUAAAGAUCUGGAGUUGAAUACGUCUGCAGCUUACACACUCGUUCACACGUAUGGGUGUAACUUCACAGCCCAAAUGGACAGCUGCCACACGCUGAGAAGAAGAUCAACGCAAGCCUUUUUCGUUGUAGUUGGACUUCUCGGAUUGUUUGUUUGUUUCUUUGGGCAUAGCUAUCUGAAGACGGAAUUCUUCUUCAUUGGAUUUUUAAUCCUGGGAUUUCUAUCCUUCAUUUUUCUCAUGCGGACAUUUUCACUGGACUAUGAUGUGGUGCUGAGUCUGACUGCCGUCCUGGGCCUUGUUGGGGGAGCACUGCUGGUACUUUGCUGGUGGUCGUUUGGAUCUAUUCAUUUCGCCAUGCUGCCCGUCGGCCUGGUUCUCGGCUUCCUCUUCACUGCAGUGGUCGUCUUCACACCAGUGGGAAACAUUGAAGUCUUCCAGGAUGAUUCUGUCUUCUGGAUAUUGUUGGCAUGUUUGGCUAUACUUGUACCUCUCGCAUCCUUCAGUUGUCCUCGAGCUUUGAAUAUAACAGCCUGUGGAUUGAUUGGCUCCUACGCAGUGAUCCUCGCAAUCCAUACCUUUGUGUUCACCAGCCUGGCCUACAUCACAUUCAAUGUUCUCAAGCGCGCACUUGACGAUGACUUCAAAGCUGCCUUCACGAAUGUGCCCUUCCAGCUGAAUGAUUACAUCUUGCUGUCAGUGUGGGUGGUCUUGUUGGUGAGUGGAAUGGUCUUCCAGUUCGUACGUGAGAAAGACCAGCCAGUUUUCCCGCCACAUCCAUAUCAAACCUGGAAGCGCAAACAGGAACGCCGUAAAACUAAUGUCUUGGACCCCAGUCAUCACAUCCCUCCGCUGAAAGAUCGGCUAAGGAAUAAACUGAUUGCUUUCAAGCAGAUCUUUGUCAAGCCACCACCCAGAGGUGAACAAACCCCUCUGCUCCUGUAGGCCACAGGCAAGCAACACCCAGCGAAGGAGUAUCUGCACUAUGAGACCUACCAGCUCACGUGUAACUGGGUGACAGGUGGACCUUUUUGAAUUGGUUUCAUCAAGGAAGCUUCUGAACGUUUACAAUGAGCUAAUUUUCUUUGAAAUAUCCUGGCUCGUGGGGUGAGACUUGCACCUGUCCUAAAGAUUUUGAACUUUAGUGAUUUCUCAGAGCCAGAGCGUUAAGUGCUGCAAGUCAAGGGGUUUGAAUCUGACAGCUCCAGUGCACACUGUCAUAUUGUUACAAAGGAUACGCUGAGAACAUGAAACUUCCUCUCUCCUCCCUAAGGAAUGAAGGUUGAAUAUUGUAAGGAGCAAUAAUGUAUAUUAGGAAUGUGUAGAGUGUAAUGGAGAUUAAUAUCUCAUUGUAUUUCUAAAACGAUAUUUCUGACCUUGGUACUACAUUAACCAGAAGUAACUUUUAUAAUUUUUGAUCCUUGGUAUUUAAUGUUGCUUUAAGGAUUAGAUGUAUAAAGUUCUAUUAACUUUUUUUGGUUAAGAUAUUGACACUGCUCUAUGGCGCAGGAUUCUUGAGUGAAAGUUGCUAUAGACAUUAGUAAGACAUUUGUAGUCUUUUUCCAUCCAAUUCAGCUAAAGUCCGGCAAGUUUACCGCAGCCCAUGACUGGGUUGUGGUUUGGAGGGGAAGGAAUACAAAUGUACAUUGUCUUAUUAAGACGGGGUUUCCCGUGGUAAAAUUGACCAAGUGUCUGGGAGUGAUAAUACGAUGUUCUCUACACCACCUCCAUUGGACCACAUGAGCAGAUAGCUGUGCAUUCUAUCAUGGCAAUGGAGGGUAACCAAGUGAAUGUUACAAUCCAGUCUAGAAAGUCAUGAACACAUGAAUUACUAUUUUGUAUAAAUUUUCUACUAUAUUAAUCAUAUUAAAAUUGUAAUGUUGGAUCUCUGA